GUCCGCGAAGAGCUUCGGGUACCUACCGCAUAGGAUGGGGAUUUUUACCCCUACCAACAUAGUAAAUUUUAGGAGAGACGCCGUACUGUAAAUUACUCACAGGUCAGAAAUGAGAGCACAUGAGAAGCAUUCCGAUUUAAGUUUGCUGGUUGCAUGUCUCCUCUCACCUUCGCGGCAUGAAUACACCGCUAAAGAUUCGGGGAUACAUGUAACGAAUAUCCAUGGCCUGUCGCAAGAAAAUCCCCGUGUGACAAGUGACAAGGCACAUGGUUUGUCUGAAGAUUUGAGACGACAAGACAAACACCGCGAGGGAAUUGUCUGCCAGAAGGGACCGGUGGCGUACACUGCCCCGGAGCGGAAACAUUUACCAUACUUGGUUAUUGAUUAUCAC